AUGCUCUUUUCAACUUCCAUCAUGCUCCCAAUAGCGCUUUUAUGCCACACUGCUGCUUCUUUCAGCAUACCGGAACUAUCGGGUGGCUUCAGCUUAUCGCGUAGAACACAGCAAGCACCUCCGAAAAAAGAUCCAUCACAAUACACUAAAGAUGCAGUUAACCAAAUCAAAGACAAAGCAAAACAAAUCUCACAUCAUGUACAUGAAGAUCAAGCCCAAGUUUUGAUUGCUAGCGAUUUGAAAGUGGUCAUUAAAGCUUUUAAAUCAUUUGUUGAUGGGAUGAAUAAUUGUAAUUGUUCCGAAAAGGGUGCAGUUGAUCUUGACGGUUACAAAGAUCUUGUGCUUCAAGUCUUAGCUAAUGUUCAAGUGGUUGUUGAACUCAUCGUAGGAACUCAAGAUAAAACUCUCAUUAAAUCGGCUCAAGACAUAUUUUCUUCUUUCAAGGUUCACAUUUCCAACUUGGUUGAUCUGGUGAUUAAAGUUGAUAUCAAGGUAGCUGUGACCGUUCGGGAUAACGUUAAUGUAGAGGCUUAUGCUACAAUUGGAGUUGACAUGGUUGAACUCGUCAACGGAAAGAUUGCUAAAGAAUUAUCUGGACAAGCAGGUGGAAAGCCGGUUGUUAAACAAUAUCCCAAAGGUAACCUCACAGACAAACCUCCUGUUGAUGCCACUAACCCCUACGGUAACAACACAGGUAACAACACAGAGCAUCAUUAA